CACGAUACCCAGAUAGUGCUACACCUUCCCUUCCGCAAAACUCAUCAAAAUGGCGACAUCAAACCGUUUCACCUCUGGCCCUUUUCAUCGUCUGAGGCACACCUCUGCCCAGUGAGAGCACUUGCUGCCUGGCUGAAGGAGUCGAAAGUCACGUCGGGCUACCUCUUUCGAAAGAUUGCUUCAGGUGACCGAAUCUCAGAGGCCAAUAGUCACCUCAGGCAUUACUUCUCAGUAUCAAUAUAG